AUGGCCGCCCUUCGUUUCCUCGCUCUCUUGGCUCUUGUGGCUGCUGCCACUGCCGCCUUUGUGCCUUCGCCCAUGCCAUUCAGCCGUCCCAACACAGCCAUGCAGGCCGGAUUCGACUUGGCAUCACUGGGCACGCUGGGUGAUCCUCAAGUCAUUGGGGCGGUUGUGGCUGUGGCUGCCGCCACGGUGGCGGGGACCAUGGUCCAAGGUGCACAGCCAGAACCCGUCGUGGUGGAAGAUGAGGAACCCGAACCAGAGCCCAUUGAUGUGAGCAUCCCUUACGACGCCGCUGCCAGGUUGGCGUUUGAGGAAGCAGAUUUCGACGAGGAAGCCUACCAAGAAUUCAAGACGAUCUACGAAAAUCUGGCCAGUGCCGAAGCCACUGUGAGCCGAUACCAGCGUGAGCUUGCGGCUCUGAAAAAGUAA